AUGGAGCCCCGGAAGGAGCGGGCUGGGUGGUGCGCAGGGUUCCGGGGGGAGGAGGCCCUGGACGAAAGGCGACCCUUGCUGCCAGACGACAGCGUCCAGGAUGGUGUUGAGAUGGGGGUGGAGGCUACAGGCUGGGGUUCCGAUGACCCUGAGCUGGAGGAAGAGGAGGAGGCGGGAGGCCCGGACCCUGUCCGGGUUCUGAUGCUCCCACUUCAGGCGCAUCAUGCCAUGGAGAAGAUGGAAGAAUUUGUCUUGAAGGUUUGGGAGGGCCGCUGGCGUGUCAUCCCGUAUGAUGUCCUGCCCGAUUGGUUGAAGGACAAUGACUUCCUCUUACACGGACAUCGGCCACCCAUGCCCUCCUUCCGCGCCUGUUUCCGCAGCAUUUUCCGCCUACACACUGAGACUGGCAACAUCUGGACACACCUGCUUGGAUUCCUCUUCUUCCUGGUCUUGGGCUUCGGAUACAUGUUCAGCCCCAACAUGAAAUACGUGGCCCCGAUUCAGGAGCGUGUGGUCUUUGGCAUGUUCUUCUUGGGAGCUAUUCUUUGCCUCUGCUUCUCCUGGCUAUUCCACACGGUCUACUGCCAUUCUGAGAAGGUCUCUCGCACCUUCUCCAAAUUGGAUUACUCUGGAAUCGCACUGCUGACCAUGGGCAGUUUUGUACCCUGGCUGUAUUACUCCUUCUACUGCUCGCCACAACCCCGCCUCAUCUACCUCAUCAUCAUCUGUGUGCUGGGCAUCACAGCCAUAAUGGUGUCGCAGUGGGACCACUUUGCUACUCCACAAUACCGAGCUGUCCGGGCAGGAGUCUUUCUAGGCCUCGGCCUGAGUGGGUUGGUGCCCACCCUCCAUUUCAUGAUCGCUGAGGGGUUCAUCAAGGCCACGACAGUGGGACAAAUUGGGUGGCUCUUCCUCAUGGCUGUCCUCUACAUCCUGGGGGUGGCCCUGUAUGCGGCCCGCAUCCCUGAACGCUUCUUCCCGGGGAAGUGUGACAUAUGGUUCCACUCCCACCAGAUCUUCCACGUGCUGGUGGUAGCGGCAGCCUGUGUCCAUCUACAUGGCGUCUCCCAGCUGCAGGCAUUCCGCUCCUCGCUGGGAGGCAGCUGCACCGAGAAUACUGUGCUCUGA